AAGCGCUCCAGUCUAUCGUCGGCCGUCAGAGUGAAAGUUGUCCUCCACGGUGGAGGAGCGCGAGCAGCAACAGCAAACAUUAUUAUUAAUUUGUUUUAGUAAUUAUCAUUAUUGUUAUUUUAGGAGACAUGAGGCGGAAGGAAAAAAGGCUGUUGCAAUUCGCCGGGCUGCUCAUCGCGGCUCUGCUCUUCCUCCCCAACGUGGGCUUGUGGUCUUUAUACCGGGACCGAGUGUUCGACAGCACGCCGGCCACGGUGGAGGGACCGGGGGGCUUGCAGCAGACACAGGGCCUGAACCAGAUGAGGAAGGUCGCUCAGGUCGGGCAAGACGGCGUUCUGAGGACCGACUGGCACGACUACGCCGCCAUGAGAAGGGACGCCGCUCGUGUCGGUGAUGGCGAACAGGGUAAACCGUUUCCGAUAUCCGACGCCGAUCGGGUGGACCUGGCCUACAGGGAAAACGGUUUCAACAUCUACGUCAGCGACCGCAUCUCACUCAACCGCUCUCUGCCGGACAUCCGCCAUGCAAAUUGUAAGCCGAAGCUGUACGCGGAAAAGCUCCCCAACACCAGCAUCAUCAUCCCGUUCCAUAACGAGGGCUGGUCGUCUCUGCUGAGGACGGUCCACAGCGUCAUCAACCGCUCUCCUCCGCAGCUCAUCGCCGAGGUCAUCCUGGUGGACGACUUCAGCGACAAAGAGCACCUCAAGGCGGCCCUGGAGGAGUACAUGGGCCGCCUUCCCAAAGUCCGCAUCCUGAGGACCAAGAAGAGGGAGGGUCUGAUUAGGACUCGGCUGCUGGGGGCUGCCGCCGCCAAGGGGGAGGUCAUCACUUUCCUGGACUCGCACUGCGAGGCUAAUGCCAACUGGCUGCCGCCGCUGCUCGACCGAAUCGCCCAGGACAGGAAGACGGUGGUGUGCCCGAUGAUUGACGUGAUCGACCACGACAACUUCGGCUACGACACGCAGGCGGGCGAUGCCAUGCGCGGGGCCUUCGACUGGGAAAUGUACUACAAGCGCAUCCCCAUCCCCGCCCAGCUGCAGAGCGGCGACCCCAGCGAGCCCUUCGAGUCUCCAGUGAUGGCAGGAGGGCUGUUUGCAGUGAACAGGAAGUGGUUCUGGGAGCUGGGAGGGUAUGACACAGGUCUGGAGAUCUGGGGAGGAGAGCAGUAUGAGAUCUCCUUUAAGUUGUGGAUGUGCGGCGGUCGGAUGGAGGACAUCCCGUGCUCCAGGGUGGGACACAUCUACAGGAAGUAUGUUCCUUACAAGGUCCCCGGGGGGAUCAGUUUGGCAAAGAACCUGAAGCGCGUGGCCGAGGUGUGGAUGGACGAGUACGCCGAGUACGUGUACCAGCGCCGGCCCGAGUACCGCCACCUGUCAGCGGGUGACAUGAUGCCGCAGAAGGAGCUGAGGAGCCGCCUCAAUUGCAAGAGCUUCAAGUGGUUCAUGGCCGAGGUGGCCUGGGAUCUGCCCAAACACUACCCGCCGGUGGAGCCUCCGGCCGCUGCCUGGGGAGAGAUCCGGAACACAGGCAGUGGUAUGUGCAUGGAGGUGAAACACUUUGUGUCAGGCAGCCCCGUCCGCCUAGAGAACUGCGCAAAAAGUCGCGGGGAGGUGGCCUGGAGUCACGGACAGGUGUUAACGUUCGGCUGGAGGGAGGACAUCCGUGUGGGCGACCCCAUGCACACCAGGAAGGUCUGCUUCGACGCCGUCUCGCACAACAGCCUCGUCACUUUGUACGACUGUCACGGCAUGAAGGGCAACCAGCUGUGGCGCUACCGUAAGGACAAGAGUCUGUACCACCCUGUGAGCAACAGCUGCAUCGACAGCAGCCCGAGCGAACGCCGCGUCUUCAUGAACACGUGCGACCCCUUUUCGCUAAGCCAACAGUGGCUCUUUGAGAGAACCAACGCCACCGUGCUGGAGCAGUUCAACCUGGGCACCGACUGACACCGCCGUCACUGCACGAUAAACACAGAGGCCGAAUAACGAGCUGUUUGGUAAACGGCCGUGGAGGCGUGGCGAGUGGGCGGCCGACAUCCAGCAUCCAAUCACCCCAGGGGAGUUUGUGACCGAGAAGCAGGUGUCAGUGGAGGCCAGAGGUAGAACCCAAAGAUCUCUCGUGGAAACCGACCCCAAAACGUGGAACAUUUUAUCGACUUCGAAAACCUGCUUUCUCUUUUUAAAUCACGGACAACACAAGCAGGCUCUUGGAUUCUAACGGAUGGUCUACAUACAAGACUUCCUUGAUGGCCUUCAGUUGUUGCCUUCGGACUCUGGACUACGCCCUCAACAGGAUCCAGGAAGCAAAGAUUGUGCUAUACUGCGGACUUUUUUCCAAACCAACUGUACGUAUUCCCUUUUAUACCCAAUAAAGAUAUUCUUUUAUAGAGUGUUUGUACUUUUUACUAACAGAGUUUUCCUUUAAAGUGAUGACCUAAAAUUUCUCAAAAAACAACAGCACCCAAAGGAAACUUGUCACGGUCAAAGGACCAGAGAAGUAAAGUGUACUCCUUCUAAGGUAGGAUUUAUUACAGUUUUAAAUUUCGUGUUACACAUUUGAUCUUUUCUUGGUAUUUUCAUGAACGACUGUUGCUAGUGUAAAACGUUUUGGCAAACAGCAAACAUGCGAACACGCUGACUUGAUAGUAUUUUCAGUCGUUUGAGGCUAAUCGUAAAUCAGUGUUUUUUUUCGUUUGCGUGUGUUUAAUUUUUUAACGUCUAGGAUCGUAGGAUAGAUUUUAUGACAGG